GAGAUGGCCGCUUCCACGGUGGUGCAGCGAAACCUGCCGUACCUGCGACAGCAGUUCUUGGCCGCGCUGCAGACGUGCAGCGCGGUCGUCAAAGUGCUGAGCCUGGCCGUGUUCCUCUGCUACUUCCUCUCCUACAGCCAGGUCGCGUCGCGGGCCGUGUGCGUCACGCCGGGCUACAUCAUACCGCCCAGCUUCUGGAUAUGGACCGCGUUCACGCACGCGUUCUUCGAGAACAGCGUCUGGAUGGUGAUCGCCGACAUCGUGACCGUCGGACUGUGCGGCAAGCUCAUCGAGCCCCUCUGGGGCGCCAUCGAGAUGCUCACUUUCUUCGCCAUCGUCAACACGAGCGUCGCGUUCCUCUCGGUCGCCUACUACAUUGUUCUUUACUCCAUCACCUGGAACCCGGACUACCUGUUCGCCGUGCGAAUCCACGGACUGGCCGGUUACUGCGCCGCUGUCAUGGUCGCGGUCAAGCAGAUCAUGCCCGACCACGUACUGGUACCGCUGCCGUUCGGCAAGAUCCGCAACCGGAACGUUCCCCUCACGGUACUCCUGGCAUCGGUCAUACUGUGGGCAUGCCAGGUGCUUCGAGGCACCUACCCGGUGAUGUUUGCCUCUGGCGUGCUGUCGUCGUGGGUCUACCUGCGCUUCUACCAACACCACAGCAACGGCAGCAAGGGUGACAUGGCGGACCACUUCACGUUUGCUAGUUUCUUUCCCAAUGUGCUCCAGCCUCCGAUCGCUCUGGUCAGCAACCUCAUCUUCAACUUCUUCGUGAAAAUCAAGCUGUGUAGGAAGCCACCGCGAAAGUACAACCUGUCCAGCGGGUCUGCGUCCACCGUCACCAUCAACCUCCCGGGCACCGAUCCUCAGGAUGCAGAGCGAAGGAGGCAGAUAGCGCUGCGUGCCCUGAGUGAGCGUCUCACAAAGGUGGAACAGCAGUGGCCGCUGCUCUCCGACGAGGACCAGUCCUCGACAGCUAGCAGCAGCACGACAGCAGCGCCUUCUCUGGGCACCCCGCUGCACCAUCAGAAACAGGGGGGCCCUUCGGGCGAAGGGUCCGCGUCAUCUCAGGUGGCCAUCACCAUUCCCAGCCUACCGCCGCCGUCUGCACGGGAGAUGCCCGCCAGCCGGGAGUCGCCACACGACAGCUCCGCCAAGGCGCAGUCUUCGUUGGAUGCGUGACCCUUGACGAAUAACUGAGCGGCGUCCGUGUGGGCGAUCGAGUGGAAUCAUGCAUCUCCCAUCCGAAAGACUGGAGACGGAUGAGCAAGAUGGCACUCCAUAGUCACACAUUUGUACAUAGACUGUCAACGUAAAAAAAAAGAAAAA